AUGGAACGUAUUCUUCUUGCUGGUAAUUAUUCAAAAUUGACUUAUUUAGAACUUUUCAAUUUUAAACAAGAUAUAAUUUACCGUUAUUUUACAUAUGCUCCAGCUGUUCAACAUAUCUUUAAACACAAAAUAACAGACCUUAUUCUUCAUAAUAAUGAUAAAUAUACCAGAAAGACAUUGACGCGGGUUUAUACUAGAAAAGUGUAUGCUCAGAUUUUGGUUUUUUUCCAAAAUUUAAAGAAUUUAACUAUUGUUGCAUCAUCUGAGAAUGAUUAUCCACCUUUGUCAAUUUAUGAUCUACCAUCAAGUACUUUUUACUCUUCGACUAUUGCUCUAUUACAAAUUAAUGUGUAUAAUUUUCAUGAUUGUAUUUCUUUACUUGAUGGCCGUCUUGAACAACUAACUACGUUCGUCGUUAGAGUGCAUCGUAUUAGAAAGUUAUUUUCAGUCUCUAACAAUAUGGUGAGUUCAUUCUAUGUUGUUUUACUGUUGAUUCAAGCUAAGGAAUAAUGUCGAUGACGAAGUACAGUUAAUAUUGAUUUCAAUGCAUUCUGUGAUUAUUCAAAUAGUGAAUAGAAUAUAAUAAUUUUGAUAUAAUGAAACUAUUAGAAAUAUCUAAUUAUUCGUGGUUUCUUGUUAUUCGAAAUUGUUUGGUAAUUAAUUUUAAUCACUCAGCAGGAAUAAUUAAUUAAAUACCCGCAAAAUAAACAUUUUGACUAUUACAACAAAGAAUAGAUUAUCUAGUAUUUAAUAAUUAACUUUUGACUUUGAAAUAUUCAAGAAAUAAACCAGAUGGAUAAAUUGUCUUCUAACAAUUAUACACAUUCAGGUCUCAUCCUUCAAAAAUCGAUUUUUGAUACAGUAAAUGGGAUUUUCAUAAAACUUUCUAAAGAUAUUUGGCUAAUGAAAAGUAAUACAUCAACAAAACAAAAAUUUCACAGCUACAAAUUUUACCAUUCAGAAGAUUUUCAGAAGCUAUGGUACAAAAUAGGCCUUUUAUAAGGCGUGUAGAUAUUCUUUUUCAGUUCACUUCAAGCUACAUAGUUCGGGCUACUCAUUUGAAAGAAUACUUCUUAGUGUUUCAAAUGUGGCAAAAGAUUUUUAAUAUUUUUUAAGUUCUUUUUUGGGAUGCUCGAAAUCUCAAAACUUUAAAAAUUUUAGGCAGACUUUUCCUAGAAAGUCUAUGAUUACUUUGAUAUUAAGGGUCGAGUACG